AUGGCGGUCCAGAAGCGGCCCCCGCUCCCCGCGCCUCCUACCAGCGCCCGGAGCCCAUUCCUCGGCCGGCGGCGGCGGGGCUCAGUCAUGGGCCGGCGGCGGCGGCGGCGGCGGCGGCGGCGCAGGAGGGAGGAGGGAGGGGGGAGGAGGGGAAGGAGCGGCGGAGGCCGGGGCAGCGCAGGCGAGGAGGGAGGGGGGUUUCUGAAAAAGUUUAAAGAAAUCGGAGCGAAACUAGAGGGGCAGGCGGCGGCCGGGUCGGCGCGAAGCCGCGGGGCGAGCGCGGCCCCCGCCCUCCGGCCCUCCUCCUCCCGCGGCCCGGCUCUCGCCCGCCUCUCGGCGUCGCCGGCCGCCGCGGCCGGGCCUGGGGACGCGAGUCCGCGCGGGGCUGCCGCCGGGGGCGCGCGAGCGGGCGAGGGGCGCGGCGGGCCGGCGCCGAGGGGCCGCGGCGGCCGGAGGCCGGGAGCUGCGGCGGUCGCGGCGGCGGGGCUGGGGCAGGCGGGGCCGGGCGGGGAGGGAGGUCUGUGUGGUGGUUGUGGAGAGCGGGUAGACCGCGUGUGUUCCGGCCGCGGCCCCGCGGGGCCCCCGCGCACAUUCACGCGUGGCCUCGGCCGCGCGGCCGGGCCAUCCCCGGGCAGAAAGCAGCGGCGGCAGCCGAGCCGCGGCGCGCCGCCCGCCCGCUUCCUUCCCCGCCAGCCUCCCUCUGCCGCCGCCGGCGCCGCCACGGCCGGGGAGCCAGUGCGCGCAGCGCCCCCCGAGGGCCAGCCGCGGCACUGCGCCCGGCUCUACUCCGCCCCGGCUGCUCCUCGCGGGGAACAAUAGGCUCGCUCGCCGGGCUUAGGGCUCCUCUGCAAUGUGCCGCGCGUUUCACACGCACACAAAGCCGGCGGAAAGGGGGGCGGCGCGGGGAAACGGCCACUACCGGUUGUUCCAGGGUUAGGGGUGGAGGCGAUGUUCGUGGCCGCGGCCGGCUGCGGACAGGGCCGCGUCGGAGGCCCGGCGGCCCGGCAGCUCGGCUGCGGCUCCCCGGAGGGACGGGGAGCUCGGAAAGGCAGCUCCUCACGCUACGCGCCAUUCGCAGAUCGGAAUAAAGCCGAUCCGUUACCUUUCGUUUGUUGAGGGCCUAAAGGAACCGGCUCUUCUGAGCCCUGUUGCUAGUGUGUUGGGGCCUGGUGAGCACAUUUCCCUGGAAUUAACCACAAACUUUAUCGAACUGUAAAUUAUUAAAUAGAGUGCGGGCCGCCUGCCGGGGGUGCGUGGAAAUGAGCUACUCCUGAUGCAGCCUCGCUGGGGUCACAUCACACGAGAUUGCCGGGCUCGAUUACGCAAACUGUAAUUAAACGGCAUGGGAACCAGUCUUUGGAAUCCUGACAGUAAUAAUUAACGUUUUUAUUUCUAUGCUGGGGCAUCUUAAGGCUAGAUGCGCUUCAGAGGAAUGCCGGGUAAAACCUUGCGUUCGGCCUUGGCUAACCGCGGCCCGGCCGCACGCGCUCCGGACGUUAGAGAGGAUGCCGGCCGGCCGAGGUCGCCCUCGCAGGCGGCACAGCGCGCCCCUGGCUGCUCGGGCUCCUUGGCGCCCCGCUCCCCAGGCCAGGAGGGCCGCUGCGAGCAGGCCGCAGGCUACGCAAGGUCACAGGCCGGGGCCGCGGGGAAACCGGAUUCGGUGGUGACCAAAUUAUGUAAUGCAGCCCACAAGCUUCCGGUGCUCGCUCCAGGAAACGGACUGAUUUCCCAGAAGAAGCUGUCAUCGUCAAAAUGGAGCCCUAAAGUAUCUCUGAUGGAUAGAAUUUAAAUUCAUAACGCUUAUACGCUUUGUAUGUGCGUUAGGCCAAGAAAAAAGACUUUAAACUUGAUGUUUAUCAGAUAAUUCCAUGGUUCAACUUCCCAAGGCUGGAAAAAUGUGGAGUUUUGGCUCAGGUGUAACACCUCUCAAGGCCUCAGAACAAAGCUACCAUGCAUGCAUCAGGCUACCUUUUCCAGCUGAAGAUUGGUCAAUGUUUGAUUUAUAAAUUUUGGUGUUAUGAAGACACGUAGUGACUCUAUAGCAUCUUACUAUGCUAAUGGACAGUGACUGCUGUGGAGUGUGUGGGGAGAACUCGAUAAUAUGGGUGAAUAUAGUAACCACAGUGUUGUUCAUGUGAAACCUUCACAAGAUUGUAUGUCAAUGAUACUUUAAUAAAAAAAAAAUUUGGUGCUCUGAUGCUGGGUGUAUAUAUAUUUAUCAUUGCUAUAUUAUCCUGUUGAAUUGACCAUUUUAUCAUUAUGUAAUGACCUUCUUUGUCUGUGGUGAUGGUUUUUAACUUAAAAGCCUAUUUUGACUGAUACAAGUAUAGACGCCCAUUCUCUUUUGGUUAUCAUUUACAUGGAAUAUCAUUUUCCAUCCCUUCACUUUCAGCCUGUAUAGGUCCUAAAAUCCAAAGUGGUCUCUUGUAGACAGCAUACAGUUGGGUCUUUUUAUUUUUUAUUCCAUUCUACCACGGUAUGUCUUUGGAUUGAUGAGUUGAAUCCAUUUACAUUUAAAGUGAUUACUGAUAAGUAAGGACCUACCCCUGCCAUGUAGCUGAUUGUUUACUGUUUUGUACUUUUUCUGUUCUUCCUUUCCUCCUUACUUUCUAAUUUGAUGAUUUUUUUUGUAGUGAUAUACUUUGGUUCUUUUCUCUUCAUCUCUUCUGUAUCUGCUAUAGGUCCUUUUUUUCUUUUUGUGGCAACCAUAAGGCUUGCAUGAAACUUACUGUUAUAGCAGUCCUUUUGAAGGUAAUAACAACUUUACUUCAAUUGUAUACAAAAAUUUGACACUUUUAUUCCCCCCAACAUAAUCUAUGUUAUUGAUGUCAGAAUUUUCUUUUUUUAUAUUGUAUAUUCUUUAAUCUCUUUUUGUGGUUAAGGUUAUUUAUAAUACUUCAGUCUUUUCACUUUUAUACUAGGGUUAGAAGUAAGUAAUAUACCACCCUUGCAGUAUUACAUUAUUCUGUAUUUCUCUACACAUUUACCUUAACUUGUGAGAUUUACACUUUCAUGCUGCUGUUAGCAUCCUUUCACUUCAACUUGAACUCACUUUAACAUUUCUUGUAGGGCAGGUCUAGUGGUAACCAACUCCCUGCUUUCCAGUGUUUCAGAAAAUCAUUAUUUCUCCUUAAUUUUUCAAAGAGAGUUUUGUCAGGUGUAUUAUUCUAGGUUGGCAAGGUUUUAUUUUUUCUUUCAGCACUUUGACUGUAUCAUCUCACUCUUACCUAGCCUGCAAGGUUUUUGCCAAGAAAUCUGCGUAUAGUCUUACAGGGAUUUCCUUGUAUGUGAUGACUCCUUUUCUUCUGCUGUUUUCAAAAUUCUCUGUUUUUGACUUUUGACAACUUAGUUAUACUAACUCUCAGUGUAGACCUCUUUAGGUUCAAUCUAUUCAGGAUCUUUUGGACUUCAUGAAUUUGGGUGUCCAUUUCUCUCCCCUGAUUUGGGUUGUUUUCUGCCAUUAUUUAAGUAGUAUUUCUGCUGUUUUCUCUUUCUCUUCUCCUUCCAGGACUUUUACACGCACGCAUAUACUGGUCUGAUUGGUGAUGUCCCUUACGUCCUGUUGGCUUUCUUUACUCCUUUCCUUUUUGUUUCUCUGACUGGGUACUUUCAAAUGACUUGUCUUUGAGUUUGUUGAUUCUUUCCUCUAUUGAAGCUCCCUAUUGAACUUUUUAGUUCAGUCAUAGGUCUUGUAGCUCCAGAAUUGUUUGGUUCUUUUUUAUGAUUUCUCUCUCUUUGUUGAGCUUCUCAUUUUGUUCACGUGUUGUUUUCCUGGUUCAUCUCACUGUCUGUGUUUCCUUGUAGCUCACUGAGCCUCUUUAAGGCAGUUAUCGUGAGUCAUUUAUCAGGCAGAUCUCCAUGUCUUUGGGGCCAGAUAUUGGUGCUUGUUUUUGUUCCUUUGAUGGUGUCUGUUUCCCUGAUUCUUUGUGAUCCUUGUAGCCUUGUAUUGCUGUCUGCACAUUUUAAGAAGUAGCCAUCUCUCCAUCUCUUCCAGUCUUUGCAGACUGGCUUCAGCAAGGAAAGCCUGUCGCCAUUCAGCCUGACCAGAGAUUCUGGGUGGGCCAGCUUCUGGGCCCUGCAGGUGGGUGGGCCUGGUGCCUGAGUCCAUGUGCAGGUGAGCCUGUUUCCUGGCAACCAGCCUUGCAUCUAGGUGUCCAGGGGCCAGCCUGGGGUGGGUCUGGAGCCCAGGUCCAUGGGAGCAGACAUGGAUCCUGAGUCCACGAGAGCAGGCGGAGAGCCUGGGUCUGCAGGGCCUGGCGUGGUGCUGGCUUUCACUGGAGCAGGCCUGGUGUGAGGCUGGACACCCACUUCAAUCCUUUUCACCAUGAAAGUGCCCGGGAAAGGGGAUCUCUCCCAGUACUAUGCUGUGUGGCCUUGUGGGAGAGGUGCUGCAAAUAAAGUGAAACUGUCCUUCCUGCCCUCCUCAAGGCAUUUUUUUCUCAUUUCUGUACUCCACCCAAGUGCCGCAAUCUCUCACCUGGGUUUUGGAGCUCUCGUGAAAGUAUUCUUCUCUCUUGAUUGGUGUUUCUUUGAGGGCAUGAGGGCUGGAGCCCUCUAUUCUGCCAUCUUGUUGAUAUCACUCCUGCAUACAUAGCAUCUUAUUUGAUUCUCACGAAAGUUUAUGAUGCAGUAUAAUUAUCCCUAUUUUUCCCUGGAUGGAUAAAUAGAGGUUUUAGUAAAUGGCAGAACUGGGAUUUGUUUCCCAGUCUUUUGACUCUGAAUUCUAUUCUCAUUCUGUGGCCAAGCAAAUCUGCCUUCUUGAAUUCUUUCCCUCCCUCUUCCAAUAUUUCCCAUGUAUUUUUUUGUACUAGCUAAUAUCAUACUACUUUUGUGUCUCAGAAAUAUUUAUUGAAUAAAUUCAUCUGUAGAACUUCCUCAAACGCACUGUUGUGGAAGAAUAUUGUGUAAAGUUAUUUUAUGAGUUUUCCUAUAGAACAUUUGUCAACAUAAAGAUGCAAAAUAGAAACAAAUUUGUUACUAGGGAAUAUUUCUUUAUUCUGGAGAUAGUUCCAUAUCAAAUCUGUCACAAAAAAUAUAAACAUUACCAAAUACCAAAAAUGCUAAAAAUGAAGCAUUUUUGUGUAGUAUGCAUUAAGUGGAAUCAGUUAUUCACUAUCAUAACUUCAACUAUCCCUUCUCUACCCGUGACCCCCAGAAACUCUGUUAUCACCUGUAGGCUCCUCAUGUUUGGGGCAGUUCCAGCCCUGGACUAGGGCAAUGGCUCACCCGCAGUCACCACCUAGCUUCUUUUCGCUGUGG